CCUCCAUUCCAUGCCUGAUGUGUCAGAGUUCUAAGUUUUGUUCUCUUUGUUUUUGUGAUUGUCAAAUGUUUUGUUCUUUCUCUCCAUUCAAUUUUUUUUUGCUCAGGUGUUUGUUUUAUUUGGUGGUUUGGUGGUGUACAGCGUGCACGCUGGUUUUUCUGUCCAUCUUAUUUUCAGAGCGGAGGAAGAGACAGAACAGAGGAAGAGGCAGAGGCAGAGCAACCAAGGGCAAUUUCUUCUUCCAGGUACAAAAGGAAGGACGUUUUUCAGACAUUGGAUGUUGGAUGUGGUCAAAUGAAGGAAUAAGGAGCUGGUGGAUUAUAGAAAACUGGAUGCCCAUUCUCAUCAUUUCAAGGGUAGCAGUAUAAGGCAUGCAAAUUGCUUUCCGUCACUGUUUAUGUAUAGUUGUUGCCUGAAACAUUUUCAUUCUGAAAUUUAAGUAACAAUUGUACUAUUGUUUUGAAAUGAGCACUGUAGGGGCACAGAGAGUUAAGAACGUAUGCAUCAUAUUUUGAAAUGAUUUCUGAAGUGUUUUAUAUCCAAUAUUUCAUAGAGUUUCUCUUGGGUAUAAUCUAUUUAUUAUUUGUAUUUGUUUAUGUUUUCAAAGAUAGACUCAAGUUCACAGUAUGUUGCAGGCAAAAACAAAUUACAUGUUGCUUUUGGAACAGGUGGAUUGAAGGCCACUCUCCCAAGUUCCCAACAAUGGGUGUCAGUUUGACAACAAGAAGAGUAGUAAGGGAUGUGAUUAGAUCAUUUCUUUAGUAACAUUUUGGUCAAGGGUAUUGACCUAAUAGCAAUGUAACAUGGUCAAUGGUAUUGACGUAAUGGCAUUGUAACAUGGUCAAGGUA